AUGGCGGCUGCCCUUCCCCAACCCAGUGCGGUACCGCAGCCGAUGUUCCGUGCUGUGGCUAGCUCGACGAGACCGCUAUAUCAGUUGCUGAGGACGAUCAGCUUCUCCAACAAGGUCCAUGUUCAACUCCAGGAAGAUGGCAUCAGGUUUGCCGCGGAUCUUUCUAGAGUUAUGCAAGGCAAGUUUGACGACCAAGAUUUGUUGCGGGCAGGAUGUACUGCCUUCCUCGACAAGAAACUCUUCACGUCCUACUCUCUGAAUCUUGCGGAGGAUGAGCCAUUGCCCAACUUUCAAAUCACACUCCCAGCCCUUCUCGAGACGCUUCAAAUUUUCGGUGCGGUAGACAUCGCAACACGCACACAAAAGGCUGAGCAGGAUUCGUACCGCAGCAAUCUCCGCAAUUACCGACCAGAUGCGUUUAGUAACCAGACUCUGGGAAUUGGCGGGACUUGUAGCCUGGUAUAUACCGAAGAGGGCGGCCAAUUCAACAUUAUCAUCGAGGAAAGCGGGGUCAAGACUACGGCCAGCCUCACAACCUAUCUGCCGGAAAUCCCAGAAGAGAUACCCUUUGACCGGGAAAACCUGUCUUUCAAAAUCAUCAUGCAGGCGCGCUACCUUCUUGACGCCUUGGCCGAACUUGCACCCACCGGCCCCAGCCGCCUAACCAUAUCAGCCUCGAAAAAUCAACCCUACCUUUCCCUUUCCGGUGCUGGCGACCUGGGGUCAUCCAGUGUGGACUUCGCCAAAGGCCGCGAGCUGCUGGAGACCUUUUCGAUUCAGGAUCGAUGGACCCAGUCCUACAAAUUCGAUCUGAUCAAGUCUUCCAGCGAGGCGAUGCGGAUCGCUAGCAAAAUUAGCUUCCGCGGCGAUGCCCAAGGCGUUCUGAGCUUACAAUUCAUGGUUGAAGUGGAGGGCGGCGGUGUCAGCUUUUUGGACUUUCGAUUUGUGCCAUUCAUCACGCACGAGGACGAUGAGGAUGAAGAGGGACAGGAUGAGAAUGAGUAA